AUGCACUCAUGCCACGUCGUUCUGUUACCCGCAGUCCAAGUCCUAGAGAUCGUCAUCGUAGCCGUUCCCAAUCGAGAAAGGAAAGACGCUCCCUGUCACCAAGAGAUCAGAAAAGAACACGAAGGGGUCGAUCGUCCUCAACUAGCGAUCAAGACAGGCAUCGUCAUAGAAAAAGAAGAGAACCAACGAGAAUUAUUAGAGAAGCAGUCCUUGGUAGAAUUUUCUGCAUAUUCGAAUGCUGAUAAUCCAUUCGGUGACGAUAAUCUCGGCCAACAGUUUGAAUGGAUAAAAAAGAAAGAGAGAGAUAAAAAGCUGGGUAUCUCUCCAGAAGAGGCAAAGCGUCGCGAGCGAGAAAGACAUGAAGAAACAAGAUUGGAAUUAGAAAAGCUCAACAAAAGACGAGCAGAAAGGGAAGUCGAACAACAAUUAAGAGAGGAAGAACUC